GCAUCCUGGAGCUCCCCGCCACCCCCUGGCCCCAGUGAAGACGGAGCACCCUGAGUUCCCCCCAUCCCAUUUCCGCCCAGUUGUCAUCUGAGGCCACCCAGUCAAGAGGUCAGUCACCCACGGGGGCAGCACAAGCCUGGGCGUGGAGGGAAAGGCAGCCACAGCUCCCACAAGCAGCCCCAGGUGACAGCUGCACCUUCCUGGGGAGAAGACAGGUGCAGACCACGCUGUUCCUGUGACGACUGAUCCCCGCAGCACCCAGGGACCCAGGAUCAAGGGUCUUCCAGGCUCCUCUGCUCUGAGGCUGGGACCUAGAAGGACAGGAGGGCAGCUGGGACUAAGGGACCAAAGACUUGGUGCCAGCGACAUACCCCAACCAGGAGCUGGGACAUGGAGCACCAAGAGGAGGCCAUGGCAGCCCCAGCUGGCACUGCGGUGCCCCAGGAGCUGCUAGAAGAAAUGGUUUGGUUGUUUCGUGUAGAAGACGCGUCUCCUUGGAACUAUUCCAUGCUUGCCCUGACAGCCUUGGUGGUGGUGAUUAGCAUGUUCCUCCUGGCAAGGAACAUCCAGGCCAACAGACAACAGAAGAGGCAGCCACCAGAAAAAGAAACGCCGGAAGCCCAGCAGUUGGACGAUUUUGGAGCCAAAGCCAACAGCAGCCUCAAUUACCACCUGCCAGAGACCUGGAUCUCAGGAAAGCCCAACCUGGCCCCGGGGAGCACGUUCGAGGCCGGAGAGAGAGAGGGCUCCCUGGCGCUCCUUCCCGAUGCCGCGGAAAGCCAGAGCUAG